UAUUUUAUUUUUAAAUAUAUUUUUUGUUUUUGAUUUAUAACUUAAAAGUGAUUUAAGUGUUGUACAAAAUGCAAAAUAUUGUAAUUUUUAUAAGUCUUAUAGCUCUGACGAGUGCAGCUUUCAAUGAAAUUACUAAAAACAAUGUUGACUUAUUCAAAUACUCUCCAAAUGAUGUUUUCACAUUAACUGAAGAUGUUGAUGAUGAUAAACCACCAGUACUUUAUAAUGGAGAAAAUACACAAGCAAAGACAGAACUUUUAGAAAACUAUAAUGCGGGGAAAAAAUUCAAAUACCAACUCAAAACUCAAAAUGGUAUUGACAUCCAGCAAGCUGGUAAGCUAAAGGAUGACAAGACUUUUGUUGUUAGUGGACAGUAUUCCUUUACCGGAGUUGAUGGUAAACGUUACAAGACAAGAUAUACUGCUGAUGAACUUGGUUAUCAUCCAAUGACUGAACUUGAUAUUGAUAUGCCUGAAGCAUUUGCAACACAAAUUCCAGUCACAGAAAAUAAAUUUCAAUUUUUAAAUCAGAAAUUCAACACAGACGAUUUUUUCAUCAAGCCAAUAUCUAUAAAGCCAAUUGAAAAGAAACCCGCAGCAACUUCUGGAGGAUUUGGUUCAGCCUUUGGAGCAGCUGGAGCUGGUGCUUCACAAUACACGGCACAAGGCUUUGGUUCAGGAUCUGGUUCCUCAGGCGCAGGUUCUGGUUAUGGCACAGGACUUGGGUCAGGCUCAGGACAAGGUUCUGGAUCAAACUUUGGUGCUGGUUCUAAUUCAGGAUAUGGCUCAGGAUCAAGUUCAGGUUCAGGAUCAAGCUUUGGAUCCAGUUCUGGAUACGGCCUUGGUUCUAAUUCAGGACUAGGAUCAGGUUCAAAUUCAGGAUCAAGCUUCGGUCCUGGUUCUAAUUCAGGAUAUGGCUCAGGAUCGAGUUCAGGAUCCGGAUCAGGCUUUGGUUCUAAUUCAGGAUUUGGCUCAGGAUCAAGUUCAGGUUCAGGAUCAAGCUUUGGAUCCAGUUCCGGGUUCGGCUCUGGUUCUAAUUCAGGACUAGGAUCUGGUUCAAAUGCAGGCUCAGGAUCUAAAUAUGGCUCUGGUAGUAGUUCCGGAGUUGGCUCUGGAUCAAGCUUAGGUAGUUCAGGAUCUGUCUUACAAUCAUCAGGAUAUGGAUCCGUAUCAAGCUUGGGAUCAAGUUCUGGGUCAUCACUAAAUUCAGGUCUUGGAUCUGGGUCAGGAUUGGGUUCACAACAAAAUAACUUUGUAUCCAGUUCACUUCAAGCACCUUACUCCUCACAAGGUGCAGGAGCGUACCAAGGAGGAUCUUCAACUGGAUCUUCGAAUGGUAGUGGAAAAGAUAAUAUUUAUUCAAUAGACCUUAAUGCCAAUCAUGCAGAAAAUGGCUACGAUUAUUCACCUCCAUCAAAUCAAUACCUGCCUCCUCAAUCAUUUGGCGAGCCCGCAAGACAAUGAAAAAUGUACCUUUCUUAAGUUAAUUAUUUUUAAUUUUAGCUUAAGUUUAGUUUACAAAUUUGUUAGUCAAUAAUUUUAGUUAAACUUGUCAUCAUUAAGCAUAAGUAAAUAGUAAUUAUACUGUACGCAUCAACUUAUAAUAAUAACGCACAUUUUGUAUACCUGAUAA